CGGGCACCAGGCACGUGAGCAGUGAGUUUUACAACCGCAUUAAAAAUAAUAAUAAUUCAUUAAUAACACCGUCAAAAGUGGAUUUUCAUUUGCAAUAAUGCAUCCAGUAAACAGUAACUCAUCCGAGUUCAAUAAAAGUGGAGAGUAAUGGUGUAUUACUCAUGUGCUCACGUGAAAAGUGACAUUGGAAUCCGAGUUUGGUUAGGAUUGAGCCCCUCGAAAACGCGGGAGAUGAUUCUAAUUAAUUUUCCCAUUAAUUCGACCAGAUAAAUUGUACCUAAAGCCAUCACCUCGUGGUUAGCACUGUCGUAUAUAUAUUUUAAUGAAGAUUUUUUAAUAAUGGAAAUGCAAGAGCAUUUGUUAUUUAAUUGUGCGUCCAUCGUCGCGACGAUACUCGCCACCACGACUGCUGUUAUUAUCAUAAUAAAUAAAUUGCGAUCACGAUGGCCAGUGAAGGUUAAUUGUUGGUUCUGCAACGUCAACACCAAGAUAUGGAGAUCAGAGAUAGACUGGUGGCAGUGCCCAUCAUGCCAGCAGUUCAACGGCUUCUCCGAGGAUGGCGAUUACAAUUUUGACAUUCCCGAGCAACGGAGGAGAUCAUUGAAUGAUUUGAGUGUUUACUCGGCCUCUUGCAGGCCUGAAAAACCUCAAAUAAAAAAUGAAGAGACUCUCUGCAGGAGUUGCAAUCGCAACGAGGAGUUGAAAAUCUGUCAAAUGCGCCUCCUCGAUCCCCUGAGUUUAUCCAGAAAAGAGAUAAAAAGAUGUCGAGAAUCUCUGGAGAAGGAGUACCCGCUCUGCAGAAGGUGUAAUUCACUCGUCAAGAGUGUUUUACAGAAGCAAGCUGUCUGGCUAACCCAGUACAAAAUGCUAAUUUUUAAACAAAGGCCCAUAAGCCUCAUUGUUAGCAAUUCAGAAAAGUUGGAGAAACUUUGUAGAAUUAUUUUAAUAGUAUUAAGUUCAUUGAUCAUAGGGUGUCCAACGUCACAAGCACUGCCAAUGGUCGGAGCAGUAUUGCAAUUCUUCACUGCCACGAGUAAUUUCAAUUCCAGAAAUAGUCAUCACUUGUUGUUAGUUAUAAUGUGGCUAGGGGUCUGUAUGCUCAUGCCAUUUUGUGAGGAGCGUCUGGUGCGGAUCAAGUGGAGGAGCCAAUGGCUACCGUUGGAACACGUCACUGGGUAUCAAGUCAUAACGUUUAUAUCCACCAUUUUGGGAUUCAUCAAUGCAACAUCUAGUUCAUCACCCUCUGGUCCUAAUUUAUCAUUCAAAAAAAUGGAUCUGAAUAUUUCUUCCAAUUCCUCGAGAGAUGAACUCGACAAUUACCUAAAUGACGACGAAAUGGAGACCCAGGAGAGGAAAUCACCAGUGAAUAUCACCCAUUUGUUGACGUCGCCAUCACCCCUAGAAACCCCAGCACCAAUCAAGCCAGUGUUGACUUCAAAUUUGAAGAUUUGUAACAGUCAACUCGGUUUGGCAAACUUGGACAGUCAUUCCGAUACCUUCGACCCCCUUUGGAAGCAGUCUGGGGUUCAUCAUGAGAACACAUCACUGAACGAUAGUCUGAGAACACUCAGCAGUCUCUCCCUCAACGGGAGGGACGAAAAAAUCAGCUCCAGGAGUUCCAAAGUUUUCGAAACCCGAACAUAUGGCACCACGAGUCCAGAUUUAUUCAAGAGGAACUUCCAGACUUGUAAGAAAUUUGUGUUAUCACCACCAAAAUUGAAAUCAGUUUCUCAGAACUCGUGGGUGGCAGGGGGUUACUGGCAAAUGGGACUGGACAGACCCACGCUGUCUCGUUCCUCUAGCCAGAGCUCAGGCUUCGGCUCCACAGGCUCCAACUUUGCUUCUUCCAGAGAACCCUCUGUUGUCAAUGACGUCGACAGGUACUCAGUUAUGUCCGAUACAACUCUCUGCUGCAAUUAUCUCAACAACGUGAGUCCUGUGAAUUCAUUUUGCCAGUAUACUUCUACUUCAUCACCGUACAGGGUGAUUGGGCCAGAGAUUCCAAUUUGCUUCAGUCCUUCACAGAGUCUGUUGUCCAAUGGAUCUUGUGGGCAGAUGUCACAGCGCACUCUUUGCCACAGUCAUCACAAUCAGCUGAUGAAAAAUAGCCCAGUGAUGGUGCAGCAGCCUUCUGAAGCACCUGUUUGUGUUAAUCAUCCUACAACGGUUUUAACGAGUCCUGUGUGGUUACCUGCACUUGUCUGCGGCUCACUCGUGUUCAAUGUCAUCGUUUUCUGUACUAUCUUACUUCGCUGAUUGAGAUGUCUGGAUUGUCUUUGCAACGGGUGAAACUGUAUUUUCAUAACAAUUCUAUGAAUUUCCAACAGAUUAAUUUUUUUUACAUUCAAUAGUGCACGAGUGAAAAAAUUUAAUAGAAAAAUCUCGCACUUUCUUUGAGAAAUACUAUUAAAUUUAUAUUGGGAUUAUAUUUAAAAAAUUUGUUUUUGGCGGCAAUUCUAUUGAAGACUAUGUAAUUUUACUGGGUAUGCAAAGUUAUAUGCAAAUAUCUACUGGAAAACGCGUGUAAAAGUUUCAUAGGUAAAGCGCUGGGAUUUUUGGUUGAAUUUUUUCAUACAUGUCUACAUUUUUGUUCCUGACUAUACUGCCAACCGAUUGUUAUUCAUGAUAAACGAGUGAUGAUGUAAAUACAUAGGUUUUAGGAUACUCCGUAAUACGAUUGAGUGCAUCUCAACGAGAUAAAUAAUUUUGAGGGACAUUGAUUAAUGGAUACACUCAAAAUCUUGUGAUAACUGUAACUAUCUUAAUGUGUGUUCACUAGGGUAAGCGGAUACGGGUAGAGGAAUCACUGAUACUUUGGAAACGCUAUUGAAUUGUACGAUCAAGUGAAUUAUACAUGAGCUUUUUUGGAUAUUAAUUUUGUCAGUCCUCGGCCAUGAAAUAAAGCUGGAGCAAAUAAUUACAGAACUUGAAAUUUUUUCUUAUUGUAACACAAUUUGCAUAUCGAUAUAUUCAGUACUACAGUGCUUCCGCAUACUAAUGAGAAUGGUGUGAAGACUUUUGUUAUAUUACAAUUUUUAAAAAUAUUUUCUACGCCGCCAAGUCGACCUUUGAUGAAGACAUUGUAUUGAAUAAAUUAAUAAUUAUGUAUCAUGAAUUUCGUUACAACUCGUACAAAUAUCAGAUACACAUUUUGUUUCUCAUGCGUCCCUGCGUGGCGCC